CUCAGAAGCAGUGCAAAAACGUGGUGCUGUCUGGCACUGCCACCUGCGGGAUCCCUGCUCAUUGCUGAGCCCCUGGUGGUUCACCUCCCAUUGCUCCUUGACCUCCACUUCCGACGGAAGCCACAGGGAAGACACCUGGACACAGCACGAGUAAGGAGAUGGAGCCCGUGACCUUUGAGGAUGUGGCCAUGAAUUUCACCCAGGAGGAGUGGGCACUGCUGGAUCCUUCCCAAAAGCAGCUCUACAGAGAUGUGAUGCAGGAAACCUCUGGGAACCUGGCCUUUAUAGGAGAAAAAUGGAAAGAACUAAAUGUUGAAGAUGAGUUCAAAAGCCCCAGGAAAAACCUAAGAAGUCAAGUGGUUGAGAGACUCUGUGAAUGCAAAGGAGAUAGUCAGUGUGCAGAAAACCUUAACUGGACUCCAGAGCAUAUUUUGAAGGAAAAAACUCCUCCAGGAGUAACACCAUGUGAAAGUCCUGUGUGUGGAGAAGUGACCAUUGGUCAUUCAUCCCUAAUGGUGCCCCUGAGAGGUCCCACUGAACACGAACCAUGUGAGCAUCAGGAAUAUGGAGAGAGGCCAUAUAAUCAGAAGGAGUAUGGGAAAUCCUUCAGCUAUUCUCAGUGUUUGCAGACUCAGGAAAGGACUCACAGUGGAGAGAGACACUGUGACAAAAAAUGUGAUGAAGCCUUUAGGUGUUCCAGUCCUGUUGGAAAUCAUAAAAGGACUCACACUGGCGAGAAGCCCUAUAAAUGUAAGCAAUGUGGGAAAACCUUCGCCCGUUCUAGUAUCCUUGUAGAGCAUGAAAGAAUUCACACCGGAGAGAAACCAUUUGUGUGUAAGAGUUGUGGCAAAAGAUUUCCUCGUUCUAGUUCCCUUUACACACAUGAAAGAAUUCACACUGGAGAGAAACCCUUUGUUUGUAAGCAAUGCAGUAAAGCCUUCUGUGAUCAGAGUUCCCUUCGAUACCAUGAAAGAAUUCACAGGGGAGAGAAGCCAUAUGUAUGUAAGCAAUGUGGGAAAGCCUUUGCUUGUUCUGGUACCUUUCGAAAACAUGAAAGAAUUCACGAAGAAGAGAAACCCUAUAAAUGUCUGCACUGUGUGAAAGCCUUCCAUUCUGACAGUGCCUUUCGAAAACAUAAGAGAGUGCAUACUGGAGAGAAACUCUAUGUAUGUCCGCAUUGUGGUAAAGGCUUUGUUUAUUCCAUUUCUUUUAAGUACCAUGUAAAGACGCACAAUGGAGAGAGAGAAAAGAAACCCUAUGAAUGCAAGCAGUGUGGUAAAACGUUCUAUAGUGCCAGUUACCUGAAAGAACAUGAGAACAUUCACAGUGGAGAGAAACCCUAUGAAUGCAAGCAGUGUGGUAAAGCCUUCCAUAAUUCCGCUUCCCUCCGAAGACAUAACAAAGUGCACACUGGAGAAAAGCCACAUGUAUGUGAGCAGUGUGGGAGAGCCUUUGCUUGUUCUAGUUCCUUUCGGAGACAUAACAAAGUUCACACUGGAGAAAAACCACAUGUAUGUGAGCAGUGUGGGAGAGCCUUUGCUUGUUCUGAUUCCUUUCGGAGACAUAAAAGAACUCACACAGGAGAGAAACCCUAUAGAUGUAUGCACUGUGGAAAAGCCUUCAGUUCUGACAGUGCCUUUAGAAGACAUAAAAGAAAAAAAAAUGCAUACUGAAGAGAAACCAUAUUUUGACAGCAUUGCAGCAGAGCCUUCAUUUAUCCCUCUUCAUUUAAAUACCACGUAAGAACGCACAAUGGAGAGAAACCUUAUGUAUAUGAGCAAUGUGGGAAACCUUCCUUAUUUUGAAUCAUUUUAUAGCACAUGAAUAAGCUCAUAGGGGCAAAUCCUAUGUGUGUAAGCAGUGUGAGAAAAUCUUGUUUCCCAGUUCCCUUCAAAUACAUGAAAGAUUAUACACUGGAGAGAGACCCUACGUUUGUGAGCAGUGUGGGAAAGCAUUCCGUUGUUCCACUGCCCUGAGAACCCAUAAAAAAAUGCACAGUGCAGCGAAUCUGUACGAACUCAAGCAGUGUGGUAAAGCAUUUGGUGAUCCCAGGUCCCUGAAAACAUGAAAAAAUUCACAGUGGAGAGAAACCCUAUGUAUAAAAGUCUCCAUUUGGCUCACACAUGUGGAUGCACACUGAAUCAAACCUUGUCAUUGUGAAGAAAAAAAAUAAAACCCAAGAAAGUUAUUAGUUGAAACACAGUUUCAAUUAAUGAAAAAUUGUCAUGUAGUGCAAUCUUAUGAGUAAUAUGAAGAACUUGAUGCAAAGUAAUUUGUGUAAAAUACUCCAGAAAAUACGCAAUCUGAAGGAAAUACUACAAGUUAUAAUAAAGAUAUUGUGUUUAUCAGUGGCUCAUUCUUGUUGUGGGGGAGUAAUGGGAGUUGCAUCCAAGGGCACUGUACUACUGAGCAGCUACAUCCCCAGCCCUUUGUUCAGGCAAUACAGAGGGUGGAGCAUCAUACUCCAUACAACCCCACCUACAACUGCUGAGAAUAUUUUGAACUCCAAUGGAAAGAAUUUUUUAAAUUUUCAUCAAGGUUUUAAAAUUUUUUUUUAAAUUCUUUUUCUCUGUUUAAUUAUUACCUUGAUGGUAC